AUGGUGACUCAGAACCUCACCUCCGUCAAGGAGUUCACCUUGCUGGGACUCUCCAGCCACCGCAUGAUGCAGGUUCUGCUCUUUGUGGUCAUCCUUGUCAUCUACUUGUUCACCCUCGUGGGUAACGGAGUGGUCAUCGUUUUGGUGCGGGCCGACUCUCGCCUCCAUACCCCCAUGUAUUUUUUCCUCACUCACCUGGCAGCCAUGGAGAUGUGUUACGUCACCAGCACGUUACCCCAGGCAUUGUUGAACCUUCUGUCCGGGAACCGGACCAUCUCCUUCAUAGGCUGCGCCAUACAGAUGCACUUGAUAUUGACCCUGGGGGGCACCGAAUGUGUCCUGCUGAGUGCCAUGGCCUAUGACCGCUACUUGGCCAUCUGCCGCCCCUUACUAUAUGCAAUCGCCAUGGACAGGUGGCACCAGUUGCAGCUGGCUUCCUUCUGCUGGGGACUAGGCAUCCUCCUCGCAACGGUAAACGUGAGCUGCACCUUUCGCCAUCCUUUCUGUGGCCCCAGCCACAUAAACCACUUUGUCUGUGAGUUGCCAGCUGUGCUGAAGCUUGCAUGCGCUGAAACCCAUAUUACGGAAAAGGUUGUUUUGGGGACAGCUGCACUGAUCCUCCUGGGUCCCUUGGCUGUUAUUCUGACUUCAUACGGGCUCAUUCUGUUCUCAAUAUUAAAAAUGAGGACAACGACAAGACGGCGUAAGGCCUUUUCCACAUGUGCCUCCCACCUGAUAGUGGUCACCGUGUUCUAUGGUACUGUCAUCACUAUGUACAUGCGGCCUGGGUUGGGCUCAGGUUCUGAUUUUGACAAGAAAAUUGCAGUCUUUUACAUUGUGGUCACUCCCCUGCUCAACCCGAUCAUUUACACCCUGCGGAAUAAAGAUGUCCAUGGUGCAGUGGUCAAGGUGCUUCGAAGGCUUUAA